AUGCACAGGGUCGCUCAGAAGGGCGCUGCGCCGCUCAAGAGCGCGGCUAAGCAGCUCGCCACACCGCAGUGCCGCUGCUUCACCUCCUCGCCACGCUCUCAAUCGGGCACAAAGAAUUUGGUCAAGGCAGCGGCGCGCGAAGCGGCCAACAGCGGGCCAAAGUACUCGUUUCCGCAGGACGCCUUCACCUCGACUUCCGAGUUCCAUCCGACCCGCGUCCCGCUCGCAGCUCUCGACGACCAGAACUCCGCCGAUCUCUCCGACCACAUCCACUCGCGGUUGUCGCACAUCUCGACCGAGACGGGCGGGCGGAGGAGGCAGCGACAGACAUUGUCGAAUGCAGAGGCGCAGGCGUUCGCAGACUUGCUCGUCGAGAUUCUGCCUCGCUCGCUACAGUCUGGCGGGUCACCGGACGAGAAGAAGUUCCAGGGACCGAUACACAAGAACGCCUCGCCGGGAGGAGCCGUCUUCGAUCUGUUCUUGCAGAACGGAGGAUCGCCUGCACUCUCGCCUGGCGUCGAGCGAGUUCAGCGCGCAGUCCUCGCCAAGGUUGCGCCGCGGUCCGGCCUGCGACUCGACGAGGGAACGGGACGGUGGGAGCGGCGAGCCAAGGCGUCGUUGACGGAGGAGGAAGAGCUCGAACUCGACAAGCUCAAGCAGGAGCUCGUCGAGCUCAAGAGCGACGUCGACUUGUUCGAAUGGUCCAUGAAGCACGUCUUUGGCCUCUCUCCCGAGACCUUCGCGCGGUACAAGUCGCCCAACGCAUACCGAGGCAUCUUCCCCGAUCCGACCACGAUCCCCGUCAAUACGCAGUUCCUCGGCGCCGCAUUCACCGAGCCGAAGACGCCUCUCGAGCGCGCACCAGGCGUCAUGUCCCGCCUGUUCCCCGACCUCCUCCAUCUCGUUUUCCUCGUCCUCCGCGACGUGCACCACAACCCCGCCGCCGCACUCGCCAUCUUCUCGCUCGCCGCGUCCAACCCGUAUAGCUACAUCAACGGAUGCAGCCCGGCACUGUACGUCGAGGUGCUCAAGACGCGGUGGAGCGAAGGAGACGUCGAGAGCGUCCUCUCGACGAUGGAGGAGAUGCGCGCGAGCGGUAUCCGCCUCGACGAGAAGGUCCGCCAGCUCGUCUCUGCGAUCGGCGAGGCGGUCCGUGUCGACGCCGAGCGCGCAGAAGCCUGGGUUGAGUACCUCGUCGAGCAGGGACACUACCGCGACAAUCCUUUCGAGGGACCGCACGACCGCGAGAGGGAGAUUAUGAAGCGUCGGUUCUUCGACUCGAGGCAGCUCGGCGCGUGGAGCAGGAUGGAAAAGAUGGUCGAGGAGGAGCAGGACGAGUUUGAUGCGAUGCGGCGCGAGAGGGAGAACGAGAAGCUCGAUCGGCAGGAGCGGGCGAGGUUGCGCAAGAUUGAGGCCGAGGCGGGCCUCGAGCGUCCCAGGCAGGACAUCCGCGGGAGGGACGAGAAGCCGAUUUUCACCGCUGACCGCGCCGCUCAGACGGAGGAGACUGCCCCGCCCAAACCUGCGUACCCGCCCUCCGCCUUCCUCGUCGACCGGGACAAGACUGGUGUCGCGGACGGCGCGGAUAACCGGAAAACCCCGUGGCGAGGCAAGCUGACGGAACGCCAGAUGGCGCGCCUGUCGGUCGUCGACAAGCCGUGGGAGAAGUGGGAGGUGCCCGAGCCGGAGAUGGUUGAUGGCGAACUCGUCCUGCCGCGCACGCCGUCGUUCCUCAACAAGUACAAGAUCAACCGCGCGGGAAAGACCAAGGAAGAGAAGGCGUGGAGGGACCAGAAGCAUCCGGCGCUGUGGUGGAAGUAG